AUGUCCCUCAGAGUUCACCUCACGGCUCUUUAUGGAAUUAAUCCCAUCGAAGCGCAGUUCAAGUGCGCCUCUCGUUUGUUUCUACCCCCUUGAUCUGCGCAGAUGGGUCGAUUUAAACACUGGGGAACCUGUUGUAAUGUGAGGUUUCACAUCAGGACUGAGCACCGAAAGAUCCCACGCAGUUUUGGCUGAAAUGCCACUUUGCGUGGAGUGGGACAGCGCAGCAUCGUGUGAAACUUGAGGCGGCUGGAUCUGUCCGUGGGCGCGCACCGUGCCUGCAAGAGGACGCGUGACAUUCCCGCGGUGUGUGUAUGUUUUUGGAGACGUAGAGCGGCGUGGCUCGAAUAACCGGAGCCUUCUGUGAUAUUUUGUGGGAUAUGGAGACCGGAUGUCUUCUGGACGGACCUUUGCUUGUGAAAUUUACCGGCAGGCGGCUGGAUAUUUGCUAUUUUGAAUGUAUUGUCAAGCCACGGAUGAUCCCCUUGUUUCAGUCAAGAUCAUUGUAGAUUCCUCUUCAGCGGACAGCAUGUAGCAGGACUCUCCAGUGUGCCGUAAAUGCCUAACCAAGAGGUGCACAGGAAUGGAUCUCAUGAACUUUACAACUGUAAUUGAUAAUGGAUUUUUGGAUGAAACGCCAUCGAGCCGUGUCCUGACUGGCUGUUUUCUCUCCCUGCUCAUCCUCACCACCUUGUUGGGAAACACUCUCGUCUGCGCCGCCGUCACCAAGUUUAGGCACCUGCGCUCCAAGGUGACCAACUUUUUCGUGAUCUCGCUGGCGGUGAGUGACCUUUUGGUCGCCAUCCUGGUGAUGCCGUGGAAGGCGGUGACAGAGAUUGCAGGCUUCUGGCCAUUUGGGUCUUUCUGUGACACCUGGGUGGCGUUUGACAUUAUGUGCUCCACAGCAUCCAUUUUGAACCUUUGCGUCAUAAGCUUGGACCGGUACUGGGCCAUCUCAAGUCCCUUUCGUUAUGAAAGGAAGAUGACACCCAGGGUUGCCUAUGUGAUGAUUAGCGUGGCCUGGACCUUGUCUGUCCUCAUUUCCUUCAUACCCGUGCAACUGAACUGGCACAAGGCCCAGACUAAAUCUUUCAAGCCUUUCACUGAGUCAUUUGUGUCACUGGGCUCAAACGGUACAUCGCACCGCAACCCAGAGAACUGUGACUCUAGCCUGAACAGGACCUAUGCCAUCUCCACCUCACUGAUAAGCUUUUACAUCCCUGUGGCCAUCAUGGUGGCCACAUACACUCAGAUCUACCGCAUCGCUCACAGACAAAUCCGGAGGAUCUCUGCUCUAGAGCGCGCGGCUGAAAGCGCCAAGAACAGGCACAACAGCAUGGGCAGAGGCUCCAGCAUCACAGAGUCUGAGAGCUCUUUCAAAAUGACUUUCAAGAGGGAGACUAAAGUGCUGAAGACGCUGUCUGUGAUAAUGGGAGUGUUUGUGUGCUGCUGGCUCCCAUUCUUCAUCCUAAACUGCAUGGUGCCCUUCUGCGAGCAGUCGAGCGGAGGAGAGGCUUUCCCCUGCAUCAGCCCCACCACCUUUGACGUGUUUGUGUGGUUCGGCUGGGCUAAUUCCUCCCUCAACCCCAUCAUAUAUGCCUUCAAUGCUGAUUUCCGCAAGGCCUUCUCCAUCCUGCUGGGCUGCCACAGACUGUAUCCAGGAGGCCACAACAUACAGACAGCCAGUCUAAACAAGAAAUGACUCAUGGCUCUGCCAGCACUGACUCAUUCCUUGAUUCUAAAAAGUCCGAGAGUUCUUGUUGCAGCUGGUCUGAUUGACUUCAAAUGAAGAUGCAGCUGUCCGUGCUAACUCUUCGAAUGACUGAAGGGCAAUGUAACACUGUCUAUGCCCACGCUUGCGUUGAGCGAGCGGCCGAGAGCUCGCUCUGCUCGGCGUGGCCGUUCCAGGCCACAGCAGGGAGAAACUCCUGGGACAGGAAAGGGGAUUUGGGAUGGAGAUAAAGACUUUCUGGUGCGGUGCCAGGGAUCUGAGGGGGCAGCGGUGCUGACAUUCAGCUUGGAUAAAUAAUCCCCAGAGUGGGCAGAACACAUCUUGUCAGACACUGCUGUCCUCCUUACCAUCAAAUGCACUUACACAACAGAGCAUGCCAUCAACGCAUACAAAUGCUGCAUAACCCCAGCUGACACACUUAUACAAAUGACAUGCAUUACAUUGCAUUACAUUAAAAUCCUGGACUCCGCAAGGACCUCAGAGGUAAAGCAUUAAACCAAAUCAUCUGUGAUGACUGCAGGUAAAAGAUGUCGAAGUAGCAUAACAGUGUAGAGAGAAUUAAAAGGUUUAAUUAAACACUCUCAGAAAUUAAAGCAGAUUUUUUUCGACAGCUAAGAAAACGAAAAAAGUGGUUUCAUUCAACAAAUAGUCCACUUCUCAACUGACUGUUCAAAAGAGUUUUAAGGUCUGGACAAACCUGACAAGACUUUCAGACAUUAAACUUACAGUAAACUCUAAAGGUUAUGAUUGUGUUUGAUCCAAUUAUUUAUCUUAUUUAUGAUUUGCCAAUUCCAGUUUAUUCUUGAGUCAGUAAGAGCUCAUCAAAAUCAUCAAAAAGAGGGAUAGAUGAUUGCACAAGCAGUGAAUCUGCAUUUGAAAGCAUUUUAUCCAAAGCUAAACCUAAAAUCUAACUAAAUUAGGAAAUGUUAAAAUAAAUGAAAAUGAUGCUUGACAUGGAUAGAAAGCUUUAAGUUAAGGUGGAAUAUUUGGGAAUCAUCCUUUGUUUGCUCACCUGCAUCUGACAAAAGCAACAUCUGUUUCUGAAUUUGCUUUACCGUAUUUUGACCUCAAAUCCAACUGUACAAACUAAACACAGCUGGCAGCCUAGACUCGCAAAAGAAAUUGCAAUCCUCACAUGAAUAGAGGUGUUACUGCGAUGGUACGAUGCUUUAACUUGCCUGUCGUUGUAUGAGGCAGUAAUCGUGUGAAGUGGUGCAAAACUAUACCUAUGUAUUUAUUAACAUUCAAACCAAAGGAGUGGGCUUUCAUGUAUGUUUUUAUGCAACUGUUCAUCAUUUUUAUCAUGUUCCUGCAUUCUUUGUGCAGUUUUUGCAUAAAUUGAUUGAUUUUGGGGGUCAGAUUCACACUGGAUUCUUGUGGGGACAUUUUGCUGCCUAUUACCUCCCUGUCAGCAUUUUGAGCAACUUAUAGCUUUAGAAGUUCACCUUAAAGACACAUUUUCUUUAGAGAAAACAAAGCAAAUGCAAUUUUUGUUUUGUUUUUCUUCAGUCUUUAUUGUUAGAGUAGUUAAUUUCAAGAUGUGGAGCAUAGGCUAUCGCUCUCGCUAACUUUAGAGCCCAGCUGGACAUGCUUUGAACUGGUGACUGGAACUUUUAUGAAGGAGCCAACUCCUUUCCUGUUGUGCUUAUUCAACUGAGAGGCACAAUGACACCUUUUGACCACUUUUAAUCUCCUGAAGUGAAAUUAAAGAAAUAUCUUUGCGAUCUUUCUUUAGUUUAAUAUUUUUAGGGUUCUUUCUGCUGAGUCUUUUGCACCAGGAAGCAAUUCAUUGUUAUGGCCUAUAUCUAAUUUAUUAUUUCUAGUUUUUCCUUUAGGAAAGCACAUUGAUUGAUUAAACUAGCUGUUAUUACAUUGGUAAUAAAAGGGCAAAUACCAACAAAACUUAAGAGGACCAAGCUGCAGACAACAACACGGCGCCCAGACAUAAUUAGCUGGAACUGGAAGUUCUUCGCCCUUCAAAGUGUACUAUGCUCUGACCGUAACUCCUUAGGCUUUUCACCGAUAUCCAACACAUUACUAAUUUAAGUACUGCAUACCAGUGCAAAACUGCUUUUCUCCAUGACAGAACAAAAGUUACAGUUGUCGAAGGAAUGUAAACACUGGAGCUUAACAGUUUUACAAAUCUGAACACUUUUGUUUGGAUUCUUUCUGUAAGGAAUAUAAUGAUUACCGUUAUUUGCCCCAUUUUAAGCUCGUCUUGUAUACUAAACCGUUUAUUCUCAUUUAAAGGUUUUAAUAAAAGCUGCUACAAUUCUGAAAUCUUUUAGAAUUUCCGCUUCCGGCUAAUGAUGACUGAGCACUAUCUUGUCUGUCAGGUCCUCCUCACAGUAAAUAUCAUGAAAUUUAUUAUAUACCUCUACUGUUGCUCCAGAACUUUUAGAAUUUCAUUGAUUCAUCAUAUCUUCUUGCAAAUUCACUAUUCUUUUAGAAUGUUUUUUUUUUUUUUUUUUUUUCAAUUUUUCUGAGGACAGAUUUCAAUAUGAACAAAAGGGUGUCAAUGGACUGUACCAAGUAAGUUCUCAGAAUAAAAAGGCCAACAUUUCAACAACUUGUCUUCAUUUGCAGACAUUUUCUGUACAGAUGUGUGAUUGGCUGUGCAGCUUUGACCUCCACAUGUCAGACUUCCCGGGGCUUUUUUCACACCACUGUCUAAAGAGUGAAAAUGUAAUGGGACCAGCUGUGUUUUUCUCAUCCAACAUCUCACUCUCACACAGUUUUGCUGUUCAUGUGUCUGUUGAGCCUGGUGAUGUAUUGCUAUCAUUAGCAAAGUGAAGUGCCCCAUCUGGACUUUUAAACAGCCUGGAAUAAUAAAGAACUGUAACCACUGUGGCA